AUGAUCAAUGCCGUGUUAGUCUUUAACAAUAGUGGUCAGCCACGAUUAACCAAAUUCUAUACCCAACUGGAUACCCAAACACAGCAAUCCCUCAUUGCUCAGAUAUACAAUCUCGUCUCCCAACGGCCCUCCUCCGCUUGCAACUUCCUCCCGCUCCCCCCACUCCUCGCCGAGGGCGCCAGCUCCAGCACCCCCGCCACCAGCUUCUCUGAUGCCCCCAGUCAAAUAACGUACCGAACAUACGCCACCUUAUCAUUCAUCCUAAUAUCCACUUCGACAGAAUCACCACUAGCCCUCAUCGACCUGAUCCAAGUCUUCGUCGAGGCGCUCGACCGCCUCUUCGAAAACGUGUGUGAGUUGGAUCUGAUAUUCGGAUUUGAGACCAUGCAUGCGGUGCUUGGCGAAAUGAUCGUUGGCGGGGUUGUACUGGAGACGAAUCUUGAGCGGAUCGUGCAGGGUGUGAAGAGCCAGGAAGGGUCAAAGGCGAAGCGGAGGACCGCUGAGGCUGGGAGUGGAGCAAUUGGUAGGGCGGGGAUUCCAGGGCUAGGGGUGCCUUGGAGCCUCAACACCAAAGUUGGUUUUCUCUUCGUCAUUCCUCUCCUCGUCCCCGUCAACCAACGAAGUUACGACAACACCGACAAAAUGCCUCCCAAGACCGGAAAGAAAGUUGCUACCGCCCCCUUCCCCCAGGGAAAGGCUGGCUCGAAGAAGGCUCCCAAGAACCCUCUUCUCGAGAAGCGCCCCCGCAACUUCGGCAUUGGCCAAGACAUUCAGCCCAAGCGCAACCUCUCGCGCAUGGUGAAGUGGCCCGAGUAUGUGCGUCUCCAGCGACAGAAGAAAAUUUUGAACCUUCGCCUCAAGGUUCCCCCCGCGAUCGCCCAAUUCCAGAACACCUUGGACCGCAACACCGCCGCUCAAACCUUAAAACUCCUCAACAAGUACCGUCCAGAAUCCAAGGCUGAGAAGAAGGAGCGUCUGCUCAAGGAGGCCACUGCUGUCCAGGCUGGCCAGAAGAAAGAGGACGUCAGCAAGAAGCCAUAUACCGUCAAGUAUGGUCUCAACCACGUUGUCGGCCUGAUCGAGAACAAGAAGGCUUCCCUCGUCCUCAUCCCUAACGACGUUGAUCCUAUUGAACUUGUUGUUUUCCUUCCCGCUCUCUGCCGCAAGAUGGGCGUCCCCUAUGCCAUCAUCAAAGGCAAGGCCAGACUUGGAACUGUAGUCCACAAGAAGACCGCUGCGGUCCUUGCUCUGACCGAGGUCCGCUCAGAAGACAAGACAGAGCUCUCCAAACUCAUCUCCGCCAUCAAAGAGGGUUAUAGCGACAAAUACGAGGAGAGCAAGCGCCGCUGGGGUGGAGGUAUCAUGGGUGCCAAGGCCGUUGCCAGACAAGUCAAGAAGCGCAGGACUAUCGAAAACGCCAUCAAGAUCUAAACAUUUUAUCUUGCCCAUCCCUACUUUUUUAACCCAUGACCAAAGAGCAAAAAAGUAUAUUUACGAUAAACAAAGAAAUUUAAGUACCACAAAUACUAAUUCGGUUCGGAGUUGAAUUCUGGAAUCCGCAGACAGGCGUUUUAUUUUCUCUCUCUGCGUGUUUUCAGUCUUGAGGUGACUUGUUGCGGCGCAAGUUUACACCCAUAGCUAGACCUGGAAAAGAGGCAAAGGACACAAAAAAGUUUCGUGUAACUAGCUCCUAAAUCGAACGAAACAUCCACACACGUCACCUUUUUUGUCCGCAUCUACCCUUUCAAUCUCCAUUGUUGUUUUUGCAUGUAUAAUUGGUGUUAUACCCGGACAGGCGCACUUGAUAUAUUUAUUAGCACCGAAAUAAUUCCGAAAUGGAAGAUGAACGUCCCAUGUUUUAUACACAAGCAUUGGUAUGGUCAAAUGUAGUCCAAGGCCACAGUGCUUCCACUCAAACUAACAUAUGUAGAGAGGAACACACAACUUUUUGAUCUGAUUUCACAACUCAAAAAUUCGCCUC